AUGUAAGUUGAUUAGCUCAAGGGUCAUGUCUAGCAAAUGAAGGAGAAGUAUGAUUAGAUGAAAAAUUAUAACACAGAGCUAAAUGAAAAACUUCACCGUCAAAUGAGGAAAGAGGCCAGAAUGAGAGAGGAACAAAAAUAGGCAGUUCUAUAGGCAGAGACAGUGAACAUGAUGACAAAAUACUAGUUAGUUUUUGUAAAGAUGGAAAACUAAUUUGCUAAGAUCUUUAAUUCAAACAAACUAAGAAAUUUAAAACUCAAAUAGGAAGCUUUUUUCAAUGUAAAGACUCAAGCAUAGAUAAAGGGGUAGUAGCAAAACUUUAAAAUGCAUCAAAUAUAUGAGAGAUUCAGAAAUAAGAUUGUUACUUAGCUAAUUCAUCGCUAUCAGAAGCAAUAAGUUAAGCAAAAACAUUUGGCUUUGCAAAAAUGGAAGUAAAAUGCAUUAUUGCCAAAAAUUACAAAGUAAGUAGAAGAGUCUUAAUUGAAGGAUAUGGAAAUAUUGAAAUCGAAACUUAUAACCAAGGAGAAAGAGCUUAUAGAGAAAGAAUAAUAGAUAAAGUAGAGAGAGGGACAGUUCAAAUAACUCAUGCAAGAUUACAAGCGAUAUACCUAGAAAAUAGAUGAGUAGGAGAGCAAGGAAAGAAUGAUUAGUCAAGAAAUAUAGGGCUUAAUCUAUAAAAAUACUACUAAUGCAGUUGAAAACUAAAAAGGAGUGAGUUCGAUAUAUCAAAGAGCUCAAAUGCUAGAACAGUCAUUGCAAUAACUUAAGCGUGAAAACAAAUCACUUAGAGAAAAACUUGAAAUGACCGAAUUCAAUAUGCAGUCAUUCAUAAGAGAGAUGGGAGGCAUGCUAGAUUAACAUUCAUUGAUUGAUACCAUUGGAGAUUUAAUGAGUGAUCAUUUUCCCACUAGCUCAAGAGCAAAAAAUGAUGAGGAAGGAGGUGGUAGUACAGGUGAUUUAUUUGUUACAAUUAGUGCUAACGAUAUUGACCUAGAUAGCGAACUUGCAGCCUUAGACAGAACCUAAUUAGGCUUUUAUAUUAGUGUCGGCACUAAACUACUAGAUGUUUUAGUUUUAUCCUCAGGUUAGAAUACUGUUAAAGUUCCUUUAUCAAGCCCAGACUCAAAAGAUAAAGUGAUUGUGAUCGUCAAAAGUUUAGGAAGAGACGAGGUCAAAGUUGGUAGUAUAAGUAUUCCUUAGGAAGUGUUUUUCAAUGCAGGUGAGAGCAAGCAUAGAUAAUGGAUAACUCUUUUCGAUCAUCUAGAUGAUGAUGAAUAUGAUGGUGAAAUGGGAGAAAACGAUGAUGAGCAGCCAAGAGUUUUAUUUACCUUUGACAUUACAUAAGAGAGUAAAUCUUAGAAGCCAGCCCCAACUCAAACGUUAACCCAGCCUGCAAAGCCUAAACAUAACCUAAAUCAAGGAAGAUCUCCUGUAAGGGAGCCAGUAACUAAGGUUGAAUCGAAAAAAACUGAAAUCACAAAUAAAUCUCAACCAUAGACCUCUGUUUAACAGCCAACUACUAUGACAAGAAGACCUCUAGGAUAAAACAGGUCUCAUGCAGGCAAUAAUGCCGUUAGCAGACCAUAAACUUCUGCUUCAGAGUAUAAAUAAUAAAACCCUUAAUAAAAUGUUGCGAUGACAACUCCAACUCCUCAACCAUAAAUUCUAUAACAGUAGUAGCAUUAGUAGGCACCAAUUUAGACUUUACCAUUUAAAUAAUCUUAAGCUAAUGCUGAUGAUUUUGAUAUACAAAGAGAGCUUCAAAAAGACCCUUCAAAGAAAUACAAAGUUGCUCAAUUGUAAAAACUAUUAGAUGACAAACUUUCAUUUUUAAUCAAAACGAUUAAUCAAAAGUAAAAGGAGAAUUUCAACAUUGAAGAUGAAGUACUUAAUAGAUUGACAUUGUUAAAAAGCUUGAACUCUGAAAUCGAGCAAGUAUACAAAUAACAAGGAACAAAUCUUGCUGAACUGCAGAAGAAAUUUCACAAUGUUGAAGCAUACCAUAGUUCGAUAAUAGAAAAUGAUGAAGAGAAGCAUGCAGCAGAGGGAAAAAUAAAGGAAUUAGAAAAGACUUUUUAGGCUUUCAGAGUUGAAGUUGAGAAUGUAACAACUCAAAAUGAGAAACUUAGUUUAUAGAAGGAAGAACGACUGGCAAAAGAUCUCAAUUCUAGAGAAACAGUAGACAGUAAGGAAAACCAGCGAUUGAGAGUAAAUUUAGAGGAACUAAUUGUCAAGAGACAUGAUUAGUUAGACUAAGAGAGAGAUUAUAACAGAGACAUUUAUCAGUUAGCAAAAGACUACAAGAGAAAGGUUGAGGAAUUCAAUAGCAUAUUGAUAUCAUACUCUAAUGAAAGAAACGAUCUUACUCACCAAAUUCAAGUUUACAGCACUGAUUUAUUAGCUGAGAAGGCGUUUUUGGACUUAGAUUCCUAAAGACAAGAAAAGUUCAAAAAUCAAAUAACCCUUUUGAAAGAUACGGUGAAGAAUCUUGAGUAAUAGAUUGAAGAUAAAAAGAGCAAGGGAGAAGAACUGUACAAUCAGCAUAGAGAUGCCCUUUCAGUCAUUGAAGAUAGACAAGUUUAACUUGAAAAUCAUCAAAUAAGAAUGUCAAGUAGUGAUAUUCUCAGGCUCUAACAAGAAAAAGCCGAUUGUGAAUAUGACAUUGAAAGGAUAGAAAGCCUUUCUAGACAAUAUCAACAGCUUCCUAAGGAUUUAAGAGUAUGCGAGAGUGAGCUCAUAAGAGCAAGAGACUAAAGAGAAAAGGUUAGAUUGGAAUUAGAGUAGAUAAAGAGAAAGCUAGAGGUUGUAGUAGAUGUAAGAAUACUAGAUACAGAUCUUGAAGAGGCAUAGCAUUUGUGCAGAACUAUUGAAGAGAAAGAUAGAAAUCUUAUACUUUAGAUGAUGAGAGCAAGAGAUGAUGCUAAAAAAGACUGGCUUAAGAACUGGGUUAAUACCGAAGUUCAUGAGCUAAUGAGAAGAGACAGAGAUGAUGUUAGAAACCAUAUUGAAAUGUACUCCGAUGAUCUUUAAAAACUUAGCAAAAUCAUUGAUAAAUUCUAGCAGUUACAAACAAAAUAACAAGAAAGAUUCCAAAGUGAACAAGAGGAGCUCAGAUUGCUAGAGAAUGAGAUGAAAAUGCUAAAUGAUGAAAGAAAGGAAUGUGAAAAAGAACUUAAAAAAAUUGAGAGUGAGAUGCAAAGACUCAAAUAAGAACUUGAGAAUAAGAAAUAAUUAUCAAUUUAAAAGGAUAAAGAAAUCGAGUCACUUGAGCAGUAAAUUGGAAACAAAGAUCUAGAAAUAGAUAGACUGAAUGAAAUACUUAAUGAGAAAGAUGAUAUCCUUUAGAGUUUAGAGGAUAACAUCAGACAAACUGGUGAGACUUUGGCCUCUUCACUUUACAGUGCAAUUAAGGGUGAUCUAGUAGAUGAACUCUUAGCCAAGUACAUUAACCUUACUCAAUGUCCAGUUCCUAUUAAGCGUUUAGGUAAUGGAUAUUACUUAUUUGGAACUAAAAAAAUUUUCGCUAAGAUCAUGAAUGGCAAACUUGUGAUCAGAGUUGGUGGAGGAUUCAUGGUGAUUGAAGAGUUUAUUGCUGCCUACGCCGAACAAGAAAUGAAGAAGAUUCACUAAAUGGAGUAAAACUCCUUUAUGAAUGAAGACUCUUCAACAAAGAACAAAGGCUACUCAAGUCUAAAGAAGAGCCCAAGAGCAAGUGGAGGUUCACCGAGAAUUGAAAAAAAGAUAAAAUGA